AUGGCAAGGCACAACCGGAACAACACGAAUAGAAGCCUCGAGAGCCUGUUGGGCAUGGACAAAUCUGUACAGGUGAAGAAAAAUGUGGUCAGGCAGGCAACAAGCAAGGUGAUUCCAGGCCAAGGUCUUGAAUUUAAGAACCUGUCGUAUAGUGUCAUGAAGAAGCAGAAGAAGGAUGGUGAGUGGAUCACCAAAGAAGCUUACCUUCUCAAUGAUAUCUCUGGCCAGGCAAUGAGAGGUGAAAUCAUGGCCAUCAUGGGACCUAGUGGUGCCGGGAAGUCCACGUUUCUUGAUGCCUUGGCUGGCCGGAUUGCUCGAGGGAGUCUUGAAGGAUCUGUCAAAAUUGAUGGAAAGCCAGUUACUCCCUCUCUCUCUCUCAAACACAGACACACACAAUCACAAUCAUCUGAGGUUAGGCUUCCGCCCUCCAUUUCCAGGUCUGAGAAGAAGAAAAGAGUCAACGAGCUUCUUGACCAGCUGGGAUUAACGAGUGCAACACAUACCUACAUUGGUGACGAGGAAAGGCGUGGAGUGUCAGGAGGAGAGCGACGGAGGGUGUCGAUAGGGGUAGACAUAAUCCAUAAACCUUCACUGCUGUUCCUUGACGAACCUACCUCAGGUCUUGAUUCAUCAAGUGCUUUCAGUGUUGUGGAAAAAGUGAAGGACAUUGCUCGAGGAGGUAGCAUUGUCCUCAUGACAAUCCACCAGCCUGCCUUCAGAAUACAAAUGCUCCUGGACCGCAUUACAGUCCUCGCAAGAGGCAGACUGGUAUAUUUGGGAGGCCCAACUGCUCUUUCUGCUCACCUCUCUGGAUUUGGAAGGCCGGUUCCUGAUGGUGAAAGCAACCUAGAGUAUCUCCUAGAUGUGAUCAAAGAGUAUGAUGAAUCGACCAUCGGGCUUGAUCCGCUGGUGCUGUACCAAUGUGAUGGCAUCAAACCUGAUCAAGUGGCCAUGACCCCUAUUCCCAAACCGCUAAAAACUCCUCAAACUCCUUAUCGCAAGACCCCAGGGCCUAAGCACAUUAGCCUUCGCAGCCAUCAAUUCUCGUCAGGAAAUAUGACACCUCGAGCACAUUCUGGACCACUUGAGUAUGCUGAUGAUGAUGACGAUGACAAUUUUGAUAACUCCCUAGAACGUAGACCUGUUCAGACACCUAUGAAUAUGAACAGUGGUUUCUAUAAUCAGCGGUUGGCUUCUCACUUCUACAAAGAUUUCUCGGUUUGGCUCUACCAUGGUGUCAAGCGAACUCCUCAUCGUCCACCAUCAUGGACACCAGCAAGAACUCCAGGAAAGACACCUGUUUCAGGAGCAAGAAGUCAAGUUUCAAGUAGAUAUCCGACCCCUGCCCAAACCCCUCCCCGCACAAAGACCCCAGUAGUCUUCAGCCCAGAACCAGAUUCAUAUGCUGCUUCUUAUGAAGAUUUUGAAAUGGAAGUGCUUGAUGAGCCAGCACAUGGACCCAAAUAUGCCAAUCCAUGGCUCCGCGAGGUUGCAGUCCUAUCAUGGCGCACUGCACUCAAUGUGGUCCGCACUCCAGAACUGUUCCUCUCUCGUGAGAUCGUUUUAACCGUGAUGGCUCUCAUUCUAUCCUCACUCUUUAAAAAACUAGAUGCUCUUGACUUUAAAAACAUCAGUCGGCUUCUUAAUUUCUAUAUCUUUACAGUUUGCCUCGUCUUCUUUUCGUCCAAUGAUGCUGUCCCUACUUUUAUCCAAGAACGCUUCAUCUUCAUUCGAGAGACCUCUCACAAUGCUUACCGAGCUUCUUCUUAUGUCAUAUCCUCCCUCAUUGUUUACCUGCCAUUUUUCGCCAUUCAAGCUUUCACAUUUGCAGCAAUCACCCAAUUCAUACUUAAGCUCAGAAGUAGUCUAAUUACCUUCUGGCUGAUUCUUUAUGCCUCGCUCAUAACUACUAAUGCUUAUGUGAUGCUAGUUAGUGCACUUGUUCCAAGUUACAUCACUGGUUAUGCCAUUGUGAUUGCCACAACUGCUCUCUUCUUCCUAUCUUGCGGGUUCUUCUUGAAAGCAUCUCAUAUUCCCGGAUACUGGAAGUGGCUCCAUUAUAUUUCUGCGAUCAAAUAUCCAUUUGAGGCAUUGCUAAUAAAUGAGUUCAAAGGCAAGAAACAUUGCUACAAAGGCAAUUUCUCGGACCUCUCACCUGGUCCUCUAGGAGAACUGAAGAUCAGCAAACUGCACAACGACUCCUUGGCAGAGCUGCAGCGGUCCCAUCCACUACAGUGCAUGUUGAUUGGAGAGGAUGUUCUAUUCUCUAUGGAUAUUAAAAUGGAGAACAUCUGGUAUGACAUUGCCAUAUUGCUAGCUUGGGGAGUUCUAUAUCGGCUCUUCUUGUACGUGGUUCUUAGGUUUUAUUCCAAGAACGUGAGGAAAUAA